GAAACUGUAACUAUAUUACUAUAUAAUAGCAUGCUAACGUUACUCGAGAAAGUGGUAGGAUUAUUUAUCUGAUUCACACUCCGAAGCAGAAGGCAGCGGUAACGCACCUCCAUUAAACCCGAGAAGAAGAAGCAGCGCGUGACAUAACGCUGUGGAGGUAAACAUGGCGACUGUCGGACCUCUAGGAAGGAUAGCCAGACUGGGCUCCAGCAUCUGCAGAAACCAUCGACUGGUGUUAAACAGAAGCCCACAGAGAAGAGGAAUAGCUUCAUGUGUCGACCCUGCUCAUGGACUCACAGAUGAACAGAAGGAGUUUCAAAAAGUGGCCUUUGACUUUGCAGCAAAUGAGAUGGCUCCACACAUGGCAGAGUGGGACCAAAAGGAAAUAUUUCCAGUAGAGACGAUGCGAAAGGCAGCCCAGUUAGGUUUCGGUGGGAUCUACGUUCAGCCGGAUGUGGGAGGAUCGGGUCUCACUCGGCUGGACACGUCGGUCAUCUUUGAGGCCUUGUCCACAGGAUGUGUCAGCACCACAGCUUACAUCAGUAUCCACAACAUGUGUGCCUGGAUGAUCGACACCUUUGGCAAUACUGAGCAGAGGGAGAGGUUCUGUCCUGAUCUCUGCGCGAUGGAAAAGUUUGCUUCCUAUUGUCUCACUGAGCCAGGCAGUGGCAGUGAUGCAGCUUCACUUCUGACCACUGCACAGCUGAAGGGUGACCAUUACAUCUUGAACGGUUCAAAGGCCUUCAUCAGUGGAGGAGGAGACACAGACGUGUAUGUCGUGAUGUGCAGAACAGGAGGUAAAGGAGCGAAAGGCAUCUCCUGUUUGGUGGUGGAGAAAGGAACCCCAGGUCUCAACUUUGGCAAAAAAGAAAAGAAGGUGGGUUGGAACUCCCAGCCGACCAGAGCGGUGAUAUUUGAGGACUGUGCCGUUCCAGUGAGCAACCGGCUCGGUGAGGAAGGACAAGGAUUCAACAUAGCCAUGAAAGGCCUGAAUGGAGGCAGAAUUAAUAUUGCUUCCUGUUCUCUCGGGGCAGCACAUGCCUGCGUCCAGCUAGCGAAGGACCAUCUAUUAGUACGCAAGCAGUUUGGAGAGACGCUCUCCAACAACCAGUUUCUUCAGUUCAAACUGGCAGAGAUGGCCACCAAGUUGGUUGCGUCUCGCCUUCUGGUGCGUGAAGCUGCGACAGCGCUGCAGGAGAGCCGGCCUGACGCUGUUUCUCUCUGCUCCAUGGCCAAACUCUUUGCUACAGAUGAGUGCUUUAAUAUCUGUAACCAGGCUCUUCAGAUGCACGGUGGGUACGGUUACCUCAAAGACUAUGCAGUGCAGCAGUUUGUCCGUGACAUCAGAGUCCAUCAGAUCCUAGAGGGCACAAACGAGGUGAUGAGGAUGAUCAUUUCCCGAAAUCUGCUGACUGAGUCUUGAUAAAUCUUUUCCCCUUGAUCUUCGGGUGACUUUAGUAGUGACCAUAUUGUUAUGGUCAUCACCUCUGGUUUGUUACUGUGUGACUGAUUUUCCUGAAAUAUCUUCCACAUUGUCGGUUUUCUAAAAGUGUCAAGGUCUUUGAAAAUGUUUGGGAUAAAAGGGUUGUAAAAUGUGUAUUUUAGUAGUAUGAUAUUAGUUAUUUUCUGUCAUUUUAGAUAUGGAUGGCAAUGUCUAUUCAUCACUGUGUCCAGAGUGAAAUAUCUCAGUAACAACUGCAAGAACAUUUGGUACAUUAGUGGUUUUAAUAGACUGAAUCAGAAUAACAUUGGUAGUCCCCUGCUUAUUUUUCAUGAGGUGCCACCUGCAGAUCAACAUUUCCACACUAUUGACUUAAAUUUCAGGCUAUACUCUGAGGUAAAUGCUAAUAUAUCAUGUUAAAAUGCUAAAUAUUAGUGUAUUACAGUAACAUGCCAACAUUAGCAUUUUCAGCUGAACGUAACUGUAAUUACAGUAGACAAAGCACCUUUUAUUUAGGAGGCAACUAUGUGAGCCUCAGUCGUGCUUGAACUACUGUACAUAGGAGCAACACUGUGUCUGCAGCCAUGCAAGCAGCUCUGUGAGGCUCUGUGGCAGAGCAGUGCUGAUGUUUAGCAGGUGUAACGUUUACCAUGUCCACCGUCCUAGUUGAGGCUUUUAGCAUGUUAACAUUUGCUUGUGAAAAUUUGACCUGCUGAUGGUGCUUGAUUAAAAAGUUAAAGGAUCACCACAGUUAUCACAGUUCAUCGUGAGGGGAACAUGAACGUCAUGUAACAAGUUUCAUGGCGGUCCAUACAGCAGUUUUGAGAAUAUGUAAUUAAAAGCCAAAAAGGUCAACCUCAUGGGCUGCAUGGAUGUGGAGAUGCUAGAUUUAAAAAAGUCAUAUAAAAUUCACCGCAAUCCCUCUAACAGUUGGUGGGUCGACGUUGCCAUCUUUAAGCCCUUGCUGCUACCAUCACUUAAAACCCCCUUUGGUUUCUGUAACUACAUAGCAUUUUCUCUGGCACCGCCACCACCAGUGGCAACAAUCAAAUAAUAGUUUAGAAGAAAGGUUUAGUUUGAUUUUUCAUCCACACAUUUUGUUUCUUGUGAAGCUGCUAGUGUGAACGUUUUAGUUUUAUUAGCAUAUAUACAUCUACAGAGCCCCUAAAGUCCCAAAAGCUGGUAUUUUUUUAUCCUGUGCACACAAGUUAUUAUCUUCUCCCUACAAAAUACAUAACUUGUUUUGACAAGAUAAUAACUUGUCUGCACAAGACUUUAGAGGCUCUGCAAUAAGCUGCUCUUGACACCAGUUUCACUCAGUUUGUAUAAAAAGGUUGGGAUUCUUUUUUUCAUCAUUUAUAAUUCAGUGAUGGGGUUGAACUACUGUACAUCACACAUCUGUAUCCCAUGCAGUUCCAGCAUCACUGUGCCUAAAGUGGCCUUUUAGAUCGUAUAAAUAUCCUUGGUUACUGUAUUGUUACCCUACAUGCUGUGUGUAUUGUGGGAUAUAUAUUGAAAUGUUACUUUGCAAUUUAUGUCUGCUGAUCACACUCCAAAUAAAAUAAUGUCAGCUUUCAUAAAA